GGCGCCUGCACCUCUAACUAGCGGCCGCUGAUGGCAUGCACGCAGCUGCUUUGCGCCGCAACGACAACUUUUCAUCACCACCCGCGCUCCACGCCAUCGCUAUCCCCUCGCUCACGUGACGCGUCCAUCUGCCCGCAACCCUGCGAUGCCCGCCUGCCCCUCGUGAGCCCGCACUCACCGUAUCUCGCCGCCCUGGCUCCCAUCCCGCCGCAGCAGGUCCGCCCACCGCGCGCUGCAGACCUACCCCGGGGCAUGACAGUUAGCGUCUCCGCCUACACAACCCUCGAAUCACUCCUCAUCUUCCAGAGCCUUAAGAGCUAUGGCGUGACACCAAGCGCCUUCAGCAAGACGUCAGAGCUGCUGAAGGCCAACCCAGAGGUCACAGCGCACAAGUUCUUCCAGGCCGGCCGUCUGAGCCCCGAUGCCCUGCGCAGUUUCUACCUGGAGCGCCUGAGGAGGGAGAUUGAACUGGAACAGAGCGGCGACGGUGAUGCCCAGAGCAGCGAGAACCCCAGGAAGAGGAAGGCUACCGGGCCCACGUUGCCCACCGUGCAGGAGUCGCUGAAGUAUGAGUACCUCAUGCCCAAGCUGCUAGAAAAGCUGUACUGGACAUGGCGCACUGCAAUUGUCAAUCAGGUCAGGGCCGACGAGGAUACUUUGGACAGGCUGCAGCGCGAGAUCACAGGUAUCGAGCGCGGGGAGUGGGAUGAACAGCUGCGGGAACGUGUGAAUACGAAGGCGUCUUCGCGCAGUCCAAGCAUGACCAAAAAAUCCCCCCGUGUUGCGCACAGCCCGUUGCCACAAGCUGUUGCUCAGAAUGGAGCAAGACGACCAGAUGGAGCGCAACAAACACCGCAGCAAGGCCAGGCUGCAGCCGGCGUGCUCAAGACGUCACCAAGGAAGAAGAAGGAUCAGCGACCAGUGGCUAGCGCUUCACAACCCAUCGCUGCUUCACCGGGGCCACAUCCAAUCCAAACCCCUCCGCCGCACUUCCAGCAGCCUCCUCCUCCAAACGCAGCAUGCAACGGUCCUCCUUACCCUCAUAUUUCGCCGUUUCCUCCAGCUCAGCAGCCACUCCAGCCCAGCCCACAGCAAGGCCAUGCUCGGCCACAUGCUCAGUCGCCUGCGCCAGGGCCACCGGGGCAAUACCAGCAGCCUAUACAACCCUACGGACCGAAUGGAGCACCGCAGUAUGCUGCUCCUGGAGGACCUCAGCAGUUUCCUCCAAACCAGCGCUUCCCUCAACAAGGGCCACACUCACCAAGCGUGCACACGUCACAGCAGAAGAACAAUUACUUCCCACAUCCUGCGCCGCCAGCCCAUCCUCCUCCACCACAAGCUGGGUUCAUGCUACCGCCUUUUCAGGUCUCACCGCAGAAUCCUACCCAUGUGCACCAUCCUCCAGCCUCAACACCGUACCCACAGGUCUCGACACCCACCAUCAAACGGCCUGCGCCACAGCAGCAUCACCAAACUCCCGGCUCCCAUAGGCCUGGUGCGCCGCCAAUGCACCCGGGGGUGAUACAAGCACGACAGUCGUUCUCAACACCUUUGAGCAAUCGAUCACAUAGCGCUACGAGCACGCCACAAUCAGCGAAGUCACGGUGGAAACAGCAACAACCUGGCACACCCGGCGGUUUGCCUGGAACGCCUCGUCCUGUGCCGGAGGCUAUCGACGAUUACGUCCCACCAAGCGCUACCAAACAAAGCCCAGCGAAGCCCAAAUUUGGCCGGAAGUCUAGAGGGAGAGGCAAAGCGAAAGACAAGGACGUGGAUGAGAAGGCUCUGCCCGAUACAGAGACCCAGCCCGAGACACUUCUCCCAACGAGCUCGUUGGAGGUGCCUGCAUCUGACUCAGGGACUCGACAGGGGCGAUCGCGGCGCAAAGCACCUGCAAAGCGUGGAAGACCCGGUAGUGUCGCCUCUUCACGAGCAGGCGGCUCAGUACGAGACCGUAGUAGGAGUCGGUCUAUCCUCUCUCACACCGACACAAUCGCCGACACAGACUCUCAGACUGGCCACCGCAUCAAGACCGAGCGUCGAGGUUCCUUAGACGAUGGACUGGAUGAAGAAGUAACCAACAGUCCCUCGCAGAUGACCACACGUCGACGAGCUGCCGCGCCCACAACAGCACCAUCCUCAACACGACGAAAGCGCAACGCCCGGCAAGCCUCUCUCGCAGAGUCCGAAGACACUCCCGGCACUCCCAGCCCGAACCGCACCAUCAUUGCCUACCGAAACUUCCACCGUACGUGCCAGGUUAUUCUCGACGACAUCACCUCUCACAAACACGGCUCCAUGUUCGCCACUGCCGUCAAGACUAGAGGUUAUCACGACAUCAUUAAGCGCCCCACAGACCUCUCCACCAUCAAGAAAGCUCUCGCCAACGGUGCCAAGUAUGUCAACGCCAUGGCUUUGGACACACCCGUUGGCAGUCCAGGCAGUGCCGGCGCGACAAUCGAGCUCCCUGCCAGCAGUGAUGUUGUACCGCCCAAGGCAAUCGUCAACCCUGCGCAACUGGAAAAGGAGCUUAUGCGCAUGUUCGUAAAUGCUAUGAUGUUCAAUCCGGGUGAAGAAGGCGUAGUGACAGAUGCGAGAGAGAUGUUCGAGAGUGUGCAAAGGAGCGUGAGUAAUUGGCGCAAUGUGCAUGGGAGGGGGAGUGGGAGGGAACAGGGAGAGGGGACGCCAGCCGAGGAGGAAGAGGGCGGGAGUAGUAAGCGGAGGAAAGUGUGAGAUUAUGUCACCGGUAUCUGAGAUGAAUGGAACUGAAUACGUGAUACAUACGCAACCACAGGUGGCAACCUGAAUGGCUCCAGCACCUAGACCGGUCACAAAAGUUGUGUGAAAGUAGACAAUGUUGCCUACAGCUGGUUAUAGAGGAAUGUCACAAAGACCUGUACAAGCGUGCAGUCAGUCAAGCCCGUUGAUGCUACUGAUUAACGACGGCAUGCAGAAUCCCAUCUAUCAGGC